UAUGAAGAAUACCGAACUGUGCGGAUGUAUUUGCCAGAAACUUGGCUUGCUUUGGUUCUUGCUUGGCCUUCAGUGCAAACCGUACCACUUUAUGGCAGUGGAUGAAGAAGGUGAUGAAGUUAUCAAGGAGGGAGAUGUUCAUUUGUCACAUGGAAGGGUGUCAGGACUUUAUGCACAUAAUUUUCUCCGCAGCUUACACGGAGUUCCACCUUUGAAUUGGGAUCCUGAGCUGGCUAAACAAGCAAAAGAAUGGGCUAGAGAACUUGCACAAAGUGGAAAGUUACGACAUACAGAUUUUUCGGAAGAGUUUUCCGACAAUCUGUAUUUGUAUUACGGCACAGAUAAAGCCGCUGCUGCUUAUCAUGCAGUGCAUAAAUGGUAUAGCCAAAUUAAAAAAUAUCCAUUUGAUACGCAUGAAUUAAAAUCUGAACAUUGGAUGACAAAUGCAUUUUCUGCCGUUGUUUGGGACGAAGUGCAAUUCUUAGGUAUGGGGAUUUCUCAUCAUAAUGGCACAAAAGAGUCGUAUGUUGUGGCACGUUACUCACCAAGACCAAACGUUGGAAAUUAUGAAGAACAUGUCAAACCUCAAUUACAACAUAAAGUUGGAAAUAAAAAUGACAUCCAUAUUCCACCGAUCGAAGAUCUGGUUCCACCAUCGUUUACAAAAGAUAAAGAAAAAUUGUCAAGAAGUUACCACCAAUAAUCGAAGACUUGACAGAUAUUAAGUUAGGAAAAAAGCGUGUACACUUAGUGCCAUUUGAUUGUUAAUUAAAUUGAAAAUCGAAAAUCCUAUUUUUGAAAAAAAAAACAACUAAACUAAUAUAUUUCUUUGUAAACAAAAGAGUGAAGUACUGUUCGAUUUCAUAAAAGUUAAAUAGCAAUAUAUAAUUAUUUUCAGUAUCCAUACCACACAACGUUCUUUAGUUAUCCACGAAGACAACAACGGCAUUGUAACUCAUUUAAAAAAACGAAAUUCAGUUGGGCUAACUGUUCCUAUAAACAAGGAAAUUAAAAAAAAUAACUAAAAAAUAAUGACAAAGAAAACGAAAAACUUUCUGUAUUACCAUUUUAUACACGCGAAUUAAUUUGGCUUAAAAUCCAAAAUUUUACAUCAUUCUCAU